AUGGAAGACGAUGAUGAUUUCGAUCCAAAUGCUGAAAAGACUAUGUUUAACAUAAAAUAUUCAAGCAUCAAAGAUAUAAGGGAACUCAAUAAUGGCUAAAUGUUAAGUUUGAGAAUUAUGCAUAGUCCAGAUCUUAUUUCAAUGCAAGGGAUUGAACAAUUUAGAUAACUGAAGCAGUUGAAUCUAUCAUAGAAUUCCAUCUAGGCUAUGAGUCUAAGAACGCUAAAUCAACUUGAAGUCUUAAAUUUGCAAUCGAAUAGAAUCAAAGUAAUUAACUGUGAAGGUUUGAGAUCAUUAAGGGUUCUUAAUUUAUCUUAUAAUUUGAUAUCUCUAUUGGGACCAUUAUAAAUUUUCACACAAUAAGGCUAUUAAUUGAAAUCCCUAGAUUUAAGAAGUAAUAGCAUAUCUGACUUGAAUGAACUUAAGUACCUGCAAGGAACAAAUCUAUAGGAUGUGUUCUUUAAUAGUGAUCGAAGAAAGAAUCCCAUUUGCGAAAACUUAAAUCAAUAUUACAAAUAGAUAAUCAAAUAUGUACCUUAGAUAGUUAAUGUUGAUAAUAAACCAAGAAAUGAGUUAUAAGAAAACGAUGGGGAUGGUUCAAAUAACAUUACCUUCAAAUUGCCAAAGUAAUAACAGGCAAACAUUGAGAAGGAAGCAGAAAUGAGAGUCGAAGUCAUUUAAUUAUAGUAGAAAGUGAAGGAGUUAUCAUAGUAGAAUAAGGAGAUAAUUUACAAAUUUGAGUGCAAUGAUAAGUACUGGAGUAGUAAAUGCUCGAAUUUAGAGAGAGAGAUUAUUGACUUAAACAAGUUUAAUCAAGAGUUGAAUUAAGAGAAUAAAAGAUUUAGAAGAGAGAUAGAGUCUUUGAAUGAAUAGAACGAGUAUGAUAAGUAAUAAUAAAAGGAUUUGAUUAACAAAAAAGAAAGAAAGGAUGAAUUGAUCACACAAUUACAAAAUAAAAUAAGUGAGUUACUCUAAUUAAAUGGUUAAUUAAGCAAGGAGAAUUAAAUUUUAAUUGAAUAAUAAAACGUUCAAAAAGUAAAAGAUUAAGAAAAGGAAUUUAAAUUAUCUGAGUAUAAAAUUCAAUUGAAGGAAGCAGAAAAACAAUUGCAAGAAUUUCAUAAGAAUGCUGUUGAACAAGCAAGCUAAACCCUUAUGAGGUAGGAGUAACUGCAAUCAAAGUCUGAAUAGAUCAAUUAGGAAAAUCGAUCAUUAUACUAGGACAAUUCAUAGUUAAAAAGGAGAAUUUAAGAGUUAUUAGAAAUAUGUAGAGAAUGGGAAGUUAAGUUUGAAACUUCUUAAAAGGAGAACGAAUAACAAUUUUAGAUUUAACUGCAAUAAAUCACACAUGAGUACGAAUAAAAGCUUUAAGUGUAAUAAAGUUAGCAUGAAUAAUAAUUGCAGGAAUUUGAAACAGAGAGUAAAUUGAUGUAAGACUAGUUAGAGAAUGAAUUUAGAAAUCUAUUUCAAGAAAAUAUGGAAAAAUUUAAACAAUUGAAAUUGUAAUAUGAUGAAAAGUGCAGAAUAGAGGUUCAACAGAGUCAAGAGAUUAAGAUAUUGUAGGGCAGACUACUAGAAUAAGAGAACUUAAUAAAGGAAUUGCAAUCUGCUUUAAUUCGCUUAAAGAGAGAAGUGCAAGAAUUUUGUUAGGAGAAAGAUCUGGCUAAAAGAGAACACCAAAUUAUUCAAUCAGGAUUGCAAAGGGAUAUUAAUAUUCUUUAAGAAUAAUUACUGGAGUGUUAGACAAGAUUGCAAUAAUAUGAUCGGGAAUUGAGAUUAAAAAAUGAUGAAUUAUAGACAAUAAAUUAAGAGAAUGAUAGACUGAGGGCAUAAAAUAAAUAGAAAAUAUAGAACGAAUAAUUAGUAGAUGAAUUAUAGACAAAUUUAACAAUUAAAAAUAAAAUGUUGGAUGAUAAAAAUGAUACUAUUGAUGAAUUAAAACAAUAAUUAAAUUAAUUAAGAAAUUAGGAGGGGAAUGCUUCAGAUGACUAUUUGAAACUAUAAAAGAAGUAUGAUAGAUAAUCAUAGAUCAUUGAUGAAUUAGAAAGUUAAUUACAACAAAUAUAGGAGGAAUAUGAUUAAAAGAAUAAGGAUUUAAAGGAUAAAAAGUAAUUGAUUUCCAUGUUUGAGAAAGAGAUUGAAGAGAUUGAAAUUAAGUAGGACAGGGAGAUCAAUGGAUUAAAGUUAGAAUUGUAAGAAAAGGAGGGUUAAUUAUAAGAAUUAGUUAAAAUGUUGAAUAAUGCAAAAGAGGAAUUAAUAAAAAAAGAUGAAAAGAUCAGAGAACUCUUAGUUUAAUAUCAAGCAAUAGAGAAACAACUCUUUGUGAUAGAUAAAUAGAAUGAAAUUACAGUAAAAUAGAAGGAUAAAUAAAUAGUUGAAAUGAGGUCUUAAUUGUAGCAAAUUCAGGAGGAAUUGAAUUUGAUGAUUUAGGAAAAUAUCUAAUUGAAAACUAAAGCCAGGGAGAACUUAUAAAAUUUGCACAAAUUAUUUUAAUAAUGA